UGAGCCAGUGAUUGAAUGGCAGUUGCAGGUUCAGGCAAUAAAUAUACUCCCAGCUAGUAUGGCAACAAAGCAAGAUAGUAAAUCACAGUGGGCUUAAGGGUUCAACUUGGCAACUAUAGUGGUGGCUUGUCUGUUGGUACUUAGAUAUGGCUUUUGGAAUUAAUUUGUGGAUCGUGUUGCUUUGCUCCAUAUUCUCAGAACAUUUAAGAUCUGCUUGUGCUCCACAUGAUGCCCAGAGAUUAAGAGGCUACAUGUAUUCUGGCUCUUCCCAAGUGGAAGAUGAACAGAAACAACCAGGUGAUGGCUAUCCUCAGGAUCCAAUCAAACCAACUUUUAGUACUUCAAGAUCUGUCCAGAGUGAUGCUACUCCCAGAGAGACUGGCCCCAACACCCAUAACCAGGAACUAUCCCGCAGAGGCUCUGCUUCAAGCUCUAUCCAGCCUGCCCCAAGAAUGUUAGGCCUCUCUGGCUCUAUAGCCAGUAGAACCUCUGUCAGCCACAACAAGCGUCACACCCGUGCCAGUUUAACCUCAAGCCAAAGUGUCACCAGCCCUAGUGCAGUGAAGAUGGUUUCAAGUUGGGAAGCAAAGGGAAUCCAGCCCAAAACCUUUCCAUUACAGCCUCGUUCAAGCACCUCUGGAUCUGUUCAGAAUUUCCUGGGAAGCCAUUUAUUCAAAGCAACCCCCCAGAAUUCUGUGGCACAAAGUGGAAUCUACCAGUCCGUAAGGGAAAUGGCUUCCACCCCUUACCUUCAAGCUCCCUCACGUGGUUCUUCAGGAACUUCAUUUAGACCAGGUCCUCUGCAUUUUGGGUCUACUGAAGGUGGGAGUGCAACAAAUGCGUACAAGCCCAGCUUCUCUCAAUAUGUCAAGCCAUACCAGAGUAGAUAUGCCUCCGCCAGUAGUGGUUCAACUUCUAGUCAAUAUGCCCAGAGUAUAGAUGUUGCCUCCAAAAGCAGCAGUAUCCCUAUACUUAGCCUGGGGUCUAGCUCCAGUCACUUUACCCCGAGUUCUACGCCUAGUAGAAACUCCUAUGGAACCUACAAGCCUGGCUCUACCCUUGGUGCAACACCACGCCAGAGCAUGUUUACCUUUAACCAGGGUGGCAGUGCUUCAAUCUACAGCCAGAAUGUCCUUGCCGCCAACCAGAAGCCAAGCAGCACUACACCUGCCGACAGCAACCACAGACAAGUCUCUGGUCAGGUGGGGGACUACCAGCCUAGUUAUGUUGCAAGUAGUGGGCCAAUCUCCAUCCUCUACAGUUCUAACCAGGGUGGCAGUGCUUCAAUCUACAGCCAGAAUGUCCUUGCUGCCAACCAGAAGCCAGGUAGCACUACACCUGCCGACAGCAACCACAGACAAGUCUCUGGUCAGGUGGGGGACUACCAGCCUACUUAUGUUGUAAGUAGUGGGCCAAUCUCCAUCCUCUACAGUUCUGCCAAAGCUGGCAGUUCUUCAACUUAUGUCCAGAAACCAAGCACCUCUAAACCUGCCCCCAGGCAAAGCUAUCAGCGCAGCUAUACUCCCAAUGCUGUGAAGUCAAGAUGAGGUGCUGAGACCAUGAAGUGAUGCCAGGCGCUGUACUUCAAUGGUUUUAAUAGAAAACGCUGAAUCUUAUCCAAGUUCAGUCUCACUGUUGUAUCCAUUAAGUUUUUUUUACUGACAUGUCUGCUUGGUCCAGCAGGACUUUUUGAAUGCUGGCAUUUGUUAAGAUGUUGCAUGACUGGACUUCUACAAUGAGCCUGAAGCUGUGUUGGGUUUAACAUUUGAUGUGUGAUAGGACCAGGGAUUGAAUCACAUGAUUCAGAAUGCUAGAUGUUACAUACUCUGAACAUUUUCUUGGAACAGCAAUUACCUUACCAAUCUUAAUAGCAAUAGUAUCUGUGUUCUGACCAUGAUAAAGCUGCAUCCAACAUGA